CUCUAACAAGAUUGUUACACUGAAUGACAUUUUAGUGGGUGUCUUCUGUAAAUCAUGGUAAAAAUGUAUAUUUAAUUUUUGCUCAGAAAAAAAAAAAACAAUCAUAUUAAACAGGACCCAUGUAUUGAUGUAUUGAAAAACCACAACAAUUCAAAGCUGUAUUACACUUAUUGUUUUGAUGCUUGACCCAAAUACCCUUGAUACCCUUUUUCGUCUUUGACUUAUACAUAUGCGUGUAUAUAUAUAUAUAUAGGAAUUCACAGGCUGCCUAAACCCAUCAUAAUCAUUUAUCACCAACAUGAACUCCAUAAAGGUUCUUUUCUAUUCCAUCCAUAAAUAACAGUGCUGUCAUGACGGGCCUGAAGUUCUACAGCAGGAGUCUGAUAUCCAGACAGACAGAUCGAGCCCUCCUCCGUGUGUGUGUGUGUGUGUGUGUGUGUGUGUGUGAGGGGGCGGAUAGCUCUGAUUCUCCUGCAUUGUGUCUGGCUGGAGUGUGGAGAGAUGUAGUCACAUUUAAACAGUCAGUGUGUGUGUGUCUAUGGGACAGAUCACAGCUCCGCUCUUCACCAACAUCUUCUCUGGUAGAAGCUCAUCUACGCUGACAGUGCCGAUGGCCUCUUGCGCUCGGAUCCUGUGCGCGAUGCUGUUCGCCGGGGUUCUUCUCUCGAGUCCGGCCGAAUCCAAGCGGAACCGAGGCGCGAUUCCUCAUCCGGACAAGAGCAACCCGAACGAGUCGGACCAGAACCCGCAGCAGCAGCAGCAGGAGCAGAGGGGCAGGAGCAGAGGCUCGGAGGAGGUUCUGGAGUCCAGCCAGGAGGCGCUGCACGUCACCGAGCGCCGCUACCUGAAGCGGGACUGGUGUAAGACGCAGCCGCUGAAACAGACCAUCCACGAGGAGGGCUGCAUCAGCCGGACCAUCAUCAACCGCUUCUGCUACGGACAGUGCAACUCCUUCUACAUCCCGAGGCACGUGCGCAAGGAAGAGGGCGCGUUUCAGUCGUGCUCGUUCUGCAAACCCAAGCGCUUCACCACCAUGACCUUCACCCUCAGCUGCCCCGACAAGCAGCCGCCGACCCGGAAAAAACGCGUGCAGCGGGUCAAACAGUGCCGCUGCAUCUCCAUCGAGCUGGACUGAGAGCGACGGGUGCGCGCGAACAGUGUCUGCGAACAUCGCUGCAGUAAGAACACGCGAGAAACUAUGGAGGCAUAUUCGCGCCACUUACGAAAAAAAAAUGCUUUGGAAAUCUUGAUUAUGACAUGAAAAGACAUAGUUAUGACACACUAAGUCAUAAUAAAGAGAUUUUAAGAAAUCGAAGUCAAAAUUGUGAAAUACUAAGUCAAUUAGUCAAAAUUAUGAUAAAGUAGAAUAUAAAUUUUAUGAGAUUAAAAAGUCAAAAUUAUGACAUAAAAAGUUGAAAUUGACACUCCAAGCCAUAAUUUAGAUUUUUGUUGAGUCGUAAUUAUGGCAUAAAAAGUCAAAAAUAUGAUAUAAAGUCGAAUUUAUGACAUUCUAAGUCAUAAUUGAAUUUGAAUAAUUGAAAUUGACACUCCAAGCCAUAAUUUAGAUUUUUGUUGAGUCGUAAUUAUGGCAUAAAAAGUCAAAAAUAUGAUAUAAAGUCGAAUUUAUGACAUUCUAAGUCAUAAUUGAAUUUGAAUAAUUGAAAUUGACACUCUAAGCCAUAAUUUUGAUUUUUGUUGAGUCAUAAUUAUGUCAUAUAUAGUCUGCAUUAUGAUAUAAAGUCGAAUUUAUAUAAUUAUGAAAUAAAAAAAUAUAUGACAAAGUCAAAAUUGUGACAUACUAAGUCAAUUAUGAGAUAAAAAAAAAUUGAAAUUAUGAGUCAUAACUAUGAUUAAAAAGUUGAAAUUGACAUGCUAAGUCAUGAGAUGAAAAGUCGAAAUUAUGAGAUAAAGUAGAAUAUAGACACUAAGUCGAAAUUUUAUGAUUAAAAAGUCAAAAUUAUGAUGUAAAAAGUUGAAAUUGAAGUCAUAAUUUAGACUUUUGUCAGUUAUGACAUACUAAAUUGAAAUUAUUACAUGCUAAAUCAUAAUUAUGAGAUUAAAAAGUCAAAAGUAUGACAAAAAGUCGAAAUUGACACUAAGUCAUGUUUUUUUUCUUUUUCUUUUGGGUCAUAAUUAUGGCAUAAAAAGUCAAAAUUGACACUCCAAGUCAAUUUUGGAUUUUUAUUUUAUUUUUUUGUCAUGAUUAUGGCAUAUAAAGUAGAAUUUAUGACACUUCAAUUAUGUGAUUAAAAAGUUGAUUGAUAUUCUAAGUCAUAAUUAUAAAAUAAAAUAUAAAUUAAGUCAAACUUGUGACCUUUUUGUCAAUUUUAACUAUGAUUUUUAAUUGUUAUAAUUUCAACUAGAAUAUUGUCAUAAUUUUGAUUUAUGUCAGAAUUAGAAUUUUUGAACUUGAACUUUUUUGAUUGUUUGACAUUUUAAGUCAUAAUUUCGACUUUUCAUGUCAAUUAUGUUUUACAAAAGCUUAAUUUUUGUUUUUUCUCCGUAUGUGGCAUAAAUGUGCUUCCAUGAGUACUAGACACACUUGAUGUGCUGAUCUAGAAGAGACGCGAUCAUCAGCAGCAUCUGUCACCAUUACACCCUUCUGCUGUAAAUAUCAUUCUUACAUAAACUGAUAUUUGUCUUCAGAACUCAUUUUCAAGCGGUCAGCAGGUUUUAAGAUUCUGUUAAACGUCUGAACGUUUAGUGUACGUGGGUACUUGAAAAGUGUCAUACUUCAUCUGAAUCUUUUGUUUUAAACAUUUUAUGAUCAUUAAACAUGCAGUUUUACACUGAGGAUUUCUACUUUAUAAAUUAAUAACUGAAGGAAAAGUUGUUGAUCAGCACCUAAAAUACACUGACACUUGAUUAGUCAGAAAUUAUUUUGCAUCACAAAAUCCUAAAGCUUUCAGUUUAUUUGUUCAGGUUAGAUGGAAAAAACAGAUUUUUGGUUUAGAUUAGCUCAUGCACGUCAUUCAUCAACUUCUCCUUUAACAGAGCAACUAUACGUGAAACAACAACAGUUCAGUAAUGGUGACAGAUGCAGAAGAGCAUCAUUCCUCACGGUGAAUGUCUUCAUUCAUCUCCACAUAUAAGAACGCUUACGGACUGAUAGUUUCCACUAUGUGGAACGACUUUAUUUAAUGUGACCGAACGAGACACUGUUGUUCAUGUUUCUGCUGGAUUGCUGUGAAUGCUGAGAUUCUUCAUAUUCAUCUAUUUAUAAUAUCAGAUAGAAGAAUGAAAGAUUAUAUACAGUUUAGUUGUGAAGACCAAAUUAUCACACAUUUUGUUGAAGUUGUACAGGUGUAUAAUGUUGUAGAUAGAGGCUUGUAUGAAGAUGUGGAAAGAUCAUAUUAAUAAAAGGUCAAACAUU